AUGCGGCCCAUACGGUUACCAUCGAGUCGACAGCUUGCGCAGCUGACCCGGCCGGGCACAUUUGUGCCGGUAGAGGCGCUGGUUCACCCGCACAUCCGCGCAUUCUCGGUGCUCAAUCGGCCGCCGCCGCAGUACGACGGCCAUGUUCCACUGACGCUGAUGGAGAAGGGCGCCUUGACGCUGGGCUCAGCCAUUGGCGCCUUUCUCGACCCCAAGCGGGCUGACCUCAUCGCUACACUCGGCGAAGUCUCGGCCGGUCCUGUGGUGCGGCGUCUCCGCGAUACGAUGCUGGCCGAUCCGACCGGCCGCCAGAUCCUGCGUGACCGGCCGCGCAUCACGUCUGCGAGCUGGCCGCUGGGCGAGCUGCUGGCCAUGCCCAAGAACACGGUCGGCUACGUCUACGGGCACUACCGCCAGCGCUACCACAUGUCGCCCGAUGUGCGCGAUGCCGUGCGCUAUGUCGACGGCGCCGAGUGCGCCUACGUGAUCCAGCGCUACCGCGAGUGCCACGACCUGUACCACGCGGUGCUGGGCCUGCCGCCGCAGUACGUCGAGGGCGAGAUUGCGCUCAAGGCCUUUGAGUUUGUCAACACGGGGCUGCCCAUGACGGGGCUGAGCCUUGUGGCCGUGGCCCGGCUCAAGCCCACCGAGCGCCAGCGGUUUUUCCGUAUUUUCCUGCCGUGGGCGCUGCGGAGCGCGCGGCGUGCCAAGCCCAUCAUCAACGUGUACUGGGAGAAGGAGCUGCACACGGACGCGGCCGAGCUGCGGGCGCGUCUGGGCCUCGAGAAGCCGCCGAACCUGCACACAUUGCGGAAGACGGCGAGGAAGCAGAAGCCAGCGACGGAAGAAGGGCCCACAGAAGCGGCGGCAACGGCGACAACGACGACGGCGUAG